UAUAGGAUGUGCGUGUGAGGCGCCAGGUGUGAGGAUCAGAAUCGAUCUCCCUUUUCCUCGCCUUUAGCUUCUCUCACUCUUCUUGAAGUUCCUUCUCCUCUUCUACUUUACUAUUCUCCGCCUCCUAAGAGUUGUGACCUGUGAGAGAGCAGGCGAAGCAAGCAAAACCAGUAAAACCCAGAACCUCAAACCCUUGAAAACCCCAUUCAAAUGCCGAAACAGACAAAUCCAUUUCCCUUCUUCAGCUUCUUCUUCUUGGUUCUGACGUCGCAUGUGGCUGUUGUUACCUCCAAAUCAACAAUCGAGCCAUGCUCCAACUCGAAUUCCUGCAAUGCCCUCGUGGGGUACACCCUCUACACUGACCUCAAGGUCUCCGAGGUCGCCACUCUUUUCCAGGUCGACCCAAUCGCUCUCCUGCUCGCCAAUGCCAUCGACAUCUCCUACCCCGACGUCGAGAACCACAUUCUUCCGGCUCGGCUCUUCCUCAAAGUGCCGGUGAUUUGCUCUUGCGUCGAUGGUAUCCGCAAAUCCGUGGCAACCCGUUACAAGACUCGGCCUUCCGACACCCUUGCCAACAUUGCUGACAACAUCUACUCUGGCCUCGUCUCUGCCGAUCAGCUCAGAGAUGCUAAUUCGAUAGCCGAUCCGUCGGUGCUUGAUGUUGGACUAUCUCUUGCUGUUCCCCUUCCUUGUACUUGCUUCAAUGGGACGGAUAACUCUCUUCCUGCGGUUUUUCUUUCUUACGUUGUGGGGCCUCUGGAUACAUUGGCGGGAAUAGCUGCAAGUUAUUCGACGACGAUAACGGAUAUCAUGAAUGUGAAUGCUAUGGGCAAUCCAUCAAUAAAAGCUGGUGAUAUUAUUUCCGUUCCAUUGCCCGCAUGUGCUUCCAAUUUCCCAAGAUAUUCGGCGGAUUUUGGGUUGAUUGUUCCAAAUGGGAGUUAUGCCAUCACUGCAAGUCACUGCGUACAAUGCAGUUGUGGGCCAGGGAAUCUCAAUUUAUACUGCACACCGGCUUCUUUGGCGGUUUCUUGUUCGAGCAUGCAAUGCAGAAACAGUAACCUCAUGCUCGGGAACGUGACCGUGCAGUCCAGCAGUGCAGGUUGCAAUGUUACUUCUUGUAGUUAUGGUGGUUUUGUAAAUGGCACCAUUGUCACAACGUUGUCAGUGUCUCUUCAACCUCGAUGCCCAGGGGUUCAUCAAUUUCCUCCACUGGUAGCUCCACCUACCUCUGCGAUUGGUGGUUCCUUAUUUGCUCCAGCAUCUGCACCUGCACCUACUGAAGCAGGUGGUGUGGGGCCAACUACACCUAAGACUUCUGUGCUACCAGGAGUUAGCUCCCUUCCUGGCUUUCCUCCAGCAAAUGCCCCUGCUGGAAGUACUUCAGAUGCACCUCUGUUGAUAAGACCAUUAUCAAGUUUUACUACAUCAACUGUUCUAUAUAUAUUAAUGAGCCUGAUUUUGUUGGUUGUCUUGUAAUUUGUGCCCUCAUCAGCUGGCUACUGGCACAUGGGUUUUGUUCCAGCCUCAGUUGCUUUGUUUUUAGCCAGGUCGACUGUUGUAUUUUACUGUUCAAUUUUUGCCUUGAUAGACUGAUUUCUGGACGUUUGAACAGGAAUUUUGUAGUUAUUUUCCUUGAUAUUUUAUCAAAUUUGGGCAUUUUCCAAUAUGUAAUUUAUUUUCAUGAAUCAUUCAGAGUUUCAAAGCAGUCUUCAUUCUAUUCC